AUGUCGUCACCACCUCCUUACCAACCUCCAACCAAUCCCCUCAAACGCCCUUCUAUAUCAUCCUCCGCCUCGCAACCACUUGGGAAGAAACAGCGCAUGCACCCUCUCCGACAGACAUCAUUCCCGACCGGCCUCGACACAGCAGAUCGCAGCUUCGGUGCCGCGAGCGAUGCAGGAAGCGUGACAGGCAGUUUCACAGGAAGCAUAGGCGGAGCGAGCGCAGACGGUGUAUUCGCCGGCGCAGCUCGAGGCAAGAAGCGCGGACGGAAAAGCAAAGCUGAGAAAGAACGUGAACGUGAGCGAGAGGAUGCGCUUAGCUCUCGGGCUGGCGAUGGGCGAUUGGGAUCCGUUGAUGCUGAAGGCUCGGUAAGAGGCGGAAUGGGCGGGGGUGCUGGGGGUGGUGAUGAUGUGGACGACGACGACGAUGACGACGAGGGCGAGCUUUUAGGCAGGGAAGAAGGGACGACUGAUACCGAGGCGGAGAAGAAGAAUCUGGCCAUUCUAGUUGACGCAUUCAAUCCCCAGCAAUCAGAACGAUAUGAUUUAUUCAAACGAGCGAAGCUUCGCAAGGAAUCGCUGCGCCGUAUCGUCAACCAUGCCCUUUCACAGUCAGUGCCGGCUAGCGUGGUCACUACCGUCAACGGUUUCACCAAGGUUUUCGCUGGUGAGAUGAUUGAGAAGGCCCGAACUGUUCAGGCCGAAUGGGCUGCCGCCCAUGACCAGGCUGCCCGCGCCGCCUUCGAGGCUGAGGAAGCAGCCGCAGAGAAAGCGGCACAGGCCAGAUCCCAAGCAGCAGCUACUCAGUCCAAGACCUCGACGCCUACCCCGUCGGGGACCCCUGUUCCCAAUGGUAUCAAGAAAGAGCCGUCAGAUAUGAAACCAACGUCCUCUUCCACCCCAAUUAGCAACCUCAAUCCAACCUCAUCACCUGGCCCUACACAACGCAUAUCCCAAUCCCCAUCACAAAUCCGCCAGACCGCCAGCCCUGUGCCCUCGUCUUCAAAACGCGAGUUCCGACCCCCACCUAAUCCUCACAAAGGCCAACUUCUUCCUUCACACUUACGCGAGGCACUCCGCCGAACCAAGCGAGAUGGUGAAGGGGGCGGCGUUGGCUUUUCUGGGUUGAGUAUGGAUAAUCUGGGAGUCAAAGGAUCAGUCGGCUGGAGCUCAGGUAGUGUUGGUGGACGACGGCUAUUCCGUUGA